AUGGCUGUUGUACUGCUGGGAUCUGCCCCACAGGGCCGCCUCUUGUGCAGGCACCUCUGUAACCCCUCUGGGAAGAGUUUGACCAUUAAGCAGGACCAUCAGCAGGAAACACAGCCUCUCUGCCCAAUGCUGUGGCAACUGGCUUCCCAGUACCUGCGGCCCCACAAGUGGAAGAAGCUGGCGUACUGCUGGGAGUUCACCAAGGCCCACGUCCAAGCCAUAGAGCAACGGUGGACAGGAACCAGGAGCUAUGGGGAACACAGGCACAUGCUGCUCAUCUGGCCACACAGUGUGGUGAGCACUCACCAGAGCGCUGUUCAAGGCCACUGCAUGAGGGUCCUGACUGGUAAGUGUCUCCCUCUCGCCUGCUUCCUGCUCGGGGCAGCUCUGGGCCCGAGUCAGAGCUGCAAGGCCCUCCAAGGCUGCUCAGACCACAGUGCCAUAGCACUGGCUCUGAACCUUCCAGAUUGCUGGUCCUAG